AUGUCCUCUGUCGAAACUCAACUUAAGGAUGUUGCCAUCCUCGGCAACAUCCCCAAUGACGCUCGCAAGAUCCUGACCAAGGAGGCGUGCGCUUUCCUCGCUAUCCUGCACCGCACCUUCAACCCCACCCGUAAGGCCUUGCUGCAGCGCCGCAUCGACCGCCAGGCCGAAAUUGACAAGGGCAACCUCCUCGACUUCCUGCCCGAGACCAAGCAUAUUCGUGAGAAUGAUGCAUGGAAGGGUGCUCCCCCGGCCCCUGGUCUGGUGGACCGCCGUGUCGAGAUCACAGGUCCCACCGACCGCAAGAUGGUUGUCAAUGCCCUCAACUCCGACGUCUGGACAUACAUGGCCGACUUUGAAGACUCCUCCGCCCCGACCUGGGACAACAUGAUCAACGGCCAGGUCAACCUGUACGAUGCCAUUCGUCGCCAGGUCGACUUCAACCAGGGUGGCAAAGAAUACAAGCUUCGAACCGAUCGUACCCUGCCUACCCUGAUCGCCCGUGCCCGUGGCUGGCACUUGGAGGAGAAGCACUUCACCGUCAACGGCGAGCCCAUCUCUGGCAGUCUCUUCGACUUUGGUCUGUACUUUUUCCACAAUGCCAAGGAGCUUGUUGCCCGCGGCGCCGGCCCCUACUUCUACCUGCCCAAGAUGGAGUCUCACCUCGAGGCCCGUCUCUGGAACGACGUCUUUAACCUGUCCCAAGACUACAUCGGCAUGCCCCGCGGCACCAUCCGUGGUACCGUUCUCAUUGAGACCAUCACCGCCGCUUUCGAGAUGGAGGAAAUCAUCUACGAGCUGCGCGACCACAGCUCUGGUCUGAACUGUGGCCGUUGGGACUACAUCUUCUCCUUCAUCAAGAAAUUCCGUCAGAACCCCAACUUCGUCCUCCCCGAUCGCUCCGAUGUCACCAUGACCGUGCCCUUCAUGGAUGCCUACGUCAAGUUGCUCAUUAAGACAUGUCACCGCCGCGGUGUCCACGCCAUGGGUGGUAUGGCCGCUCAGAUUCCCGUGAAGAACGAUCCCGCCGCCAACGACAAGGCCAUGGAGAGUGUGCGCGCUGAUAAGCUCCGGGAGGUCCGUGCAGGCCACGAUGGUACCUGGGUCGCUCACCCCGCUCUCGCUGCCAUCGCCUCCGACGUCUUCAACAAGUACAUGCCCACCCCUAACCAGCUCUUCAUCCGUCGUGAGGAAGUCAAUAUCACCGCCAAUGAUCUCCUCAACACCAACGUCCCCGGCAAGAUCACCGAGGAGGGUAUCCGCAAGAACUUGAACAUCGGUCUGAGCUACAUGGAGGGCUGGCUCCGCGGAGUCGGCUGUGUCCCCAUCAACUUCCUGAUGGAGGAUGCCGCCACCGCCGAGGUCUCCCGCUCGCAGCUCUGGCAGUGGGUGAAGCACAACGUCUCCACCGCUGAGGGUAAGCGCGUUGACAAGGCAUAUGCGCUUCGUUUGUUGCAGGAGCAGGCCGACAGCCUUGCAUCCCAGGGUGCUAAGGGCAACAAGUACCAGCUUGCCGCACGUUACUUCGCUGGUCAGGUUACCGGUGAGGAUUAUGCCGAUUUCUUGACCAGCUUGCUGUACAAUGAGAUCUCCUCGGCUGGCUCGGCUGCUAAGCUGUAA